AUGUCAGAAAAGUCAGUAUUGGACAAGACCAUCCCAUGGACUGCUGUUAUGCUUCUUUUAUCAGGUAAGUGUGUAGGUGAGGGUAUAUUGCCCGCUGGACCCGUGAGUGGAGCUGUAGCAGGCACAGUGAAGUUCACCACCACUCUCAGACCUCUGGAGAAACCAUUCCUCUCAGUAAGCUGGAGGUUCAAUGCGGUGAACAUCAUCAGUUCCACCAGCAUCAACAUCACUGAUCCUGGAUAUGCCGGCAGGAUCUCAUUAGACCGAGCCACAGGAUCCCUGGAGCUCAGAAACCUGGCACUGGAGGACAGUGGGGAGUACACUAUCACCAUCACACCAGAUGGAGGGCUGCCAAAACAGGGGAGGAGCACUCUGACUGUGUAUGCACCGAUAACUGGAGCCACCAUCCGCAGCCCCGCAGCCAUCCUGAUAGAAGAUGAAAGCUCCACCAACCUCACCUGUGAGGCCUCUGGCUCCGUCAGCUCCAGAGAGUGGAUAAAAGAUGGUCAGCCUCUAAAUCCCAGUGGCAGUGUCAGCUUUUCCUUGGACAAAAACACAGCGUCCCUACAGCCUGUUCACAUUUCUGACCGCGGCACCUAUCAGUGUAGAGUCAGCAGCCCGGUCAGCACCAUGACUGCGACCCAUAAUCUCACUGUCAGCUUUGGACCAUACAACGUGUUGAUCAGUGGACCCUCACUGGAUGUUUAA